AAACGGUGAUGUGUUUGGUUUUGUCAAGUACAUUGUAAGAGAACUUAGUGAGAUUAAAAACCUAUGAACAACCCAUUGGAACUAAAAAGGAACCCUAAUCUAAUCCUCUAUACCACGAAUUGUACGGAGAGGUAUUAUAAAUGGAGGAGGAGAAGAAGAAGAGCAGAGUUUUGAUCAUCGGAGCAACAGGAAGAUUAGGGAACUAUUUGACCCGUUUCAGCAUCGAGUCGGGUCACCCGACUUUCGCGCUCAUCAGAAACUCCACUUCCUCCGCUAAGCUGAAAUCUCUCUCCGACGCCGGCGUUACCCUCCUCAAAGGUUCAUUGGAGGAUGAAGGAAGCUUAGAAGAAGCAGUGAGUAAAGUAGAUGUGGUGAUCUCUGCAAUUCCAUCAAAACAUGUUCUUGAUCAGAAACUCCUUAUCAAAGUCAUCAAACAAGCUGGUUCCAUCAAGAGGUUUAUUCCUGCUGAAUAUGGAGCAAAUCCUGAUAAAACUCAAAUCUCCGAUCUUGAUCAUGGGUUCUAUUCAAAGAAAUGUGAGAUUAAGCGUAUGAUAGAAUCAGAGGGGAUUCCAUAUACAUACAUUUGCUGCGGAUUGUUCAUGAGAAUUCUACUUCCAUCGCUUGUGCAACCGGGGCUUCAAUCGCCUCCAAUCGAUAAAGUCACGGUUUUUGGAGAUGGGAGCGUUAAAGCUGUGUUCGUGAAUGAUGUCGAUGUUGCAGCAUUUACCAUCAAAACGAUAGAUGAUCCUCGAACACUGAAUAAAACCUUGUACCUUAGACCGCCCGAAAACAUAUGUUCUAUGAAUGAUCUUGUUGGGCUCUGGGAGGGCAAGAUUGAGAAGAAGCUUGAGAAAACAUUUGUUACAGAGAAUCAACUUCUCAAGAAGAUCCAAGAAACUCCGUACCCGGAUAACAUGGAGAUGGUCUUCAUAUACUCUGUCUUUAUCAAAGGAGAUCACACGUACUUCAACAUCGAGUCUAGUGGUGGAGUGAAUGGUACUGAGCUUUACCCUGAUGUCAAAUACAUGACCGUGAGCGAGUUUCUUAAUACUCUUCUCUAGAAUUAUAACCAAAUAGCAAAAGGAUCACUAUCAUUUUUCAGAGAUCUCUUUACACUUCCAAUGUCUCUCAUGUAGUACUAUCUUUACCCUAUUGAUCUGAAUUUGGACCUUAAUCGUGUAAGACAUUGCUUUUGAAGUUCUGAUGAUGAUUCAAAGAAGCAAACAUCCA